ACGUGAACAUCAUCUAGGACAAGAAGAAGAAGAAGAAGAAGAAGAAGAAGAAGAGCAUAGUUUUGUAACAAAUGUAUGCUCUGACAUCUCCACACAUUCUUUAUUAGAUGUUGUUGAAUCCAGUAAUUUUCAUACUUUACAACCAUUGCCUUACACAUCCGAUUAUCAUCAUCAUGAUGGUGAAAAACAUCCAUCACAUCGUUCAUGGCCUUCGUCGCCUAUCCGUUUCAACUUAGUAAGCAAAUCUGCUCCAUCUAAAUAUACUUUUCAAAAUCAAGACCAGUUGGUUGGUAGUUCCGCAUCAUUAUCCUCAUCGUUAUCAUCUUCACCUCCGAUACUUUGUCGUGCUGUACAUAAUUGUACACCUACUACAGCUCCAUCAUUGAUACCAUUCAAUAUGUUAGACAAUGAUAAGACAGUUGUUGUUGGUGUUUGUCAACCACUUGUCAACCAUUCAACUCAUUCACCUUUACCCCCUGUAUUGAUAACUAAUAACAUAAAGUCAGAGACAUUAUCACCCAUCUUCACCUCCUCCCUUCCAACUCAUUGGCAUCAUCGUCGUUGUGGUAUCCCACCACCAGUUUUAUUACCAUCAGAUACUUGUGAUAUAAAAUAUGCAACCCAAACUACUGGACCCUGUGAUCAACCGCCUGUAUCUACCUGUCCAUCUUUCAUUGCUUCUUCUAGUCACAUUGAAAUUUCUGAUGAUGAAAGUGAUCAAUCGACUGUAUUGACCCUUCCAAUGACAGGUGAAGAGCUUCCGAAUAAUGCUAAUAUACAGCGUGUAAAAGAAGAAAGCAUAGCAGGUAGUUCUGUCAAUCAAUUAUUGAGUUAUAUAACAGAUACAGAUGGAUUAACAUUAAUCGCAUCUGAUGAUUUUGUCAGUAAUGCUUCAAAAUCAUCGUCAUCAUCCUCAUCAUCAUUGGACAAUAAUUCACUGUUCUCUACAAUAUCACAACAAAGCAGUAGUGAACAGACUGUAGCAAUGUGUUUAUCAAAUAGUCUUAGCCCACCAUUUCUUGAAGAUACACAGAGUUACUAUGCUAAAAGUCCUGAUGAUAUGAACUCGAAGCAGAAGAAAAAAAAGACAAGUGAAUUAUUAAGAUCUCGAAAUUUAGCUUACUUUAAUCAUGAUCAUGAAGAUAUUUAUUGUCAUAACGAUGACAAUGAUGGUCUACGUGUACGUCAUUCUUCAGAACCAGCUAAGAUAGUGAACACCAUGUAUUAUUGUUCAUUGGAUACGUGUCGUCGAUGUCAUAGUCAUCCAAAUUUAAAGUUCCAGCAUACAUCAGUAGUAGGAUCAUCUUCUUUAUCAGUUGUAUCAGAAAUAUCAUUUAGAAAUGAUAGUGUUGAAUAUAAUGAUCAGCAGGUGUUGUCUCCACCUAGAGAUGAUCAGCAUUGUUUAUUGAAAGUACAAUCCAAUGAUUUAUUGAACUCAUCACCUAUGUUUUCUGAGAAUAUCAUUGCUUCAAAUGAAUCACUGGUAGUGAUACCUGAAGUUGAAGAAAGUAAUUCUCCUCCUUCAUCUAUUCAACCUUCAUCUGUUUUUAUUCUGGCCAUUCACCAUAUGUAGAUAACCAAUUAAAUGAUGAUCUUUAUCAACAGAGUACUGAAGAUUAUGAUGUUUCUUGUGAAUUGAAUCUAUCUACACCUUCACCGUCUUAUUCCAGUCCUCGUAAUGAUGAUGGAACAUCACAAACUGCAAAUAUCCUCCAAUUAGUUAGUGUUAACAAUCAAUGUAUAUCUGAUUUAUCGUUGAAUAUAUCAGAACCUGUAAAAAUGUUUACCAGUACCACUACAAUAUUGACUGGUCCUCCACCUUGUGUUAUGACCGCCAUUACUACCAAUCCUAUACUUGCAUCGAAUUCUGUUGAUUUACCGUCGGAUGUACAGAAAAUUUCAUUCCCUAAAGAAGAGAUUGAUUUUAUUCCUGAUUCACUUGAAUCUUCCACAUUUUCUCCACUGUAUUCAAACAAUUUAUCAGUUGAUUCAUUAUCAACAUCAACGUUGACUUCAUUGCCUGUAUUAGACUCACUAGUCUCUUCUGAUAACGUGACCAAUUCUUCAACUAUUGUAAAUGUUCUUAGUACUACUACUACUUCCUCUAGUAGUAUAACUACGAUCCAGUAUAAUUCCAUAUCUGAUGAGCAUUUCAUCUCUACUGAUAGUUAUCCAGUGAACAGUCAAUAUUUAUCUGACUAUACCAUCAGUCCACAUCGAGAAAGUCUUCCUAGACUGUUAUCGGAUAAAGAACCAGAUUUCAGUUGCACUGAAUUAACUCACAUCAAUUCGGCGCUUGAUAACAGAAGUCAUACAACUACUAAUCAUUAUCAACACAAUAACACUAACACUAUUGAUGGUAAGAGUGGAUUAAUGUAUCGAGAAUUUUAUAAUACACCCUUAUCAAAUAAUCAUGAGGAUAAAACACUUUUGUGUGAUACAGAGGAUAUUUUAUCAGAAUCAUCAAAUUUUGUCUCACCUGAUACUGAUCAAUUGAUUUGUGGAUCAGUUCACUCGUACUCUAGUUCUGUUCUAUCAAAUAUUUUAGACCAAUCAGAUUGUCUUGUCAUGUCUACAAUAUCAGUUAAUAAUAACGAUAAUAAUAAUAAUAAUAAUAAUAAUAAUAAUAAUAAUAAUACUGGUAAUAAUAGUAGUAGUCAUAUUAACAAAUCGUGUGAUAUGAAUUUGUUUACUAACAAUUAUUCUGGACAAUUUUCCAGUCUACCAUUGAUUAAUACAGAGGGGUUUUCUGCAUCGACUUGCACUUCCUCUGCAGUUGUAUCUAAUACUUAUUAUGACAGUAAUAUGGAUAGUGUUAGUGGUGUUGUACCGUCAUCUCAGUUCACUGCAAGUCAACAGUCAAGAGAUUUAGGAAGUUACAGUUCAAGAUUUGAUUUUACUUCACAGCAGCAGCUGCCGCUGCAUCAUCAUCAAGAACGUCAACCCGUCGUUUAUAACUUGAUGUCAGUUGAAGCAUCUUCUCAACUUUCUAGUAACACUGGUGGCAGUAUUAGUAAUCCAUCAGUAACUCGUACAAAAGCGAAACGUGGUGGUGGGGUUGGUAAAAAGAACUCGAAAAUCACUUCUAAGCAGUCUAGAAAAUGCUCUUCAGUUCAACCAGUUUCUUCGUUACCUCCUGUUCCAUGGCUACAAUGUAAUCCAACAGAUUCAACACAUCCAAGACGUUUAUCAUGUCAGGUUGUACCGAUGAAUGAAUCGAUGUAUAAUAUCUCCUAUGAUAGAUAUAAUUCACCAAAUAUAUGUAAUUCAGUAAGUCUCUCACCAGUGACAAUUCACUCUUUACCAAUUGAACAGAUGGUAAAUGCAUCACAGAAUACAAAUGAUACAUUGAAUUCUUUUCCAUGUGGAACAGAUAAUUCAAUCGACGUCUGUGGAUCACUUCAUCUUCCAACAACUUCAUACUCUUGUCUAACACCGAUUGAAUCGUACAAUGUCAAUAUGAAUGUACAACGUUUGUAUGAUACGUGUUCAGAUUUUCAAAAUUCUGGCCAAUUACAUGGAGUUGAUGGUGUAGCCUGUUCAAUGACUUCUAUUCCAAUUUCCUCACGCAGUCUAGAAUCUCAAUUUUGUAAUGUAUCAAUUGCAGAGAAUUAUCAAUGUAGUCAGUCUUCUUUUCUCUUUGGACGUCAUCAUUCAGGUCCUCAAUCAAUUAUGCCGUGUUCUAAUCAAUUUAUACCAGAUAUGUUAAACACUAAUGCCUACUCACCGUUAUCCACAGGAAUAAGUAAGACAGCUAGAAUGGUGCAUAUGAAUGAGCAACAAUCUUCUGGUCCUGUUUAUCCUGUUUAUUCAGGACAUACUGGUUCCCUGCCUCUGGUAUCUAGCACAAAUAAUAAUAAUAAUAGUACUAUUCCACCGCAUCUUCGGUUAUCUUCCACACCGACCGACAGUGGUGGUUGUACUACCCCACAGAGGAAUAAUUCCAUUCUGGUUAAACCAGAUUAUCAUAAUUACUCAAUUAGUUGUAAUCAACUAACUCAAUCCUCCAUCCUUUCAUGCGCUGAAAGUGAUUUACAGCCUUGUAGUCUUAUGAAUAAUUCUGUAUCUUUGAAACAGUUACGAGGUAGUCAUUGCUCUGCAGUUCAGUCGUCUUGUCCAAAUAUACCAGUUGAUUUUCUGUCGAAUAUCCCUACAAACCAUAAUAAUUCUAAUAUUUUUACCACUCCUACUGCUGCUGGUACUCGUGUUACCAUUCAUUCGACUACAUCUACACUGUAUCCUAGCCUACUCGAUGUUACCAGUAAGAAUAACAAUUGUACCAAUAGUGCAGUUAAACACCAGUCAUCACAACCACAAGAUAUAUUAUCUCCGAGGUUAACUUUUCCUGACAAUUAUAUCUCACCUUUCUCGUCUACAACAAUAGAAGCUUGUCAAAAAGACUCAUUAUUGUAUAGUAAUAAUAAUAAUAACAACAAUUACUACUAUUGUUGUUACAGUGAUAAUGAUAAUCAUUUAUCCUUAGUAAACCCAUCUGUUGUUAUGCAGCCAUCAUCAUUAGGUUGGCCUGCAACAGAUUUAGUUACUGGGACAGCAGCUGGACAUUUUACACAAAUUCCAUAUCAUCCUAUGCCCACUUGAUUGUAAAUUAUACUAUUGCCGUUAUCGUCGUUAUCGCUGCCAGCGACACUGCCACUUCUUAUGUGUACUUUAUCACCUUCCCCCUUUGUCUACCUACGACUCCUGCCACGUUUAUAUACAUAUAUUCUGACCGUUUUUAUUGUUAUUUUUAAAUUGAGAAUAUUAAAAUGAUAUGCCUUGUCUAUACAUAGUAGAAACAGACCUGAUGAGAUACUUUGAAAUGUUUUAUUAUUUUUUGACAGAAACAUUUUUUCAUUGUACAAAGUUUUGAUGAUGAAUUAUUCGUGUUAUAUAUAAGGAUGAUAAGACAGGGAAGGAGAAUAUUGCUCUUUUAUUAUUGAAAUGACUCAAUAUUUAUAUACAUACAGAAAGUAUAAUUCA